CAAUACAGUACGGAGUACAUUUUAACCUGAACACAGAUAUCAAUCAAACAAAAGCACAGACACGUGUUGCCCAAAAUCCACAGAUAGCUGUAGAUCACCGUAUUCCACAUGCAGAAAUCUCGCGUUCAUCCUACGAAAUCACGGGAGAAGAUUCAGCAGCCAGCUUCCCCCUCCCGGGAAAAGAAAAAAAGAAGAAGAGAAAAGCAAGAGUCAAGAGCGGCACAUGCCUAGGUGUCGUGCGAUCCUGUUCUCUUCUCCACCCGUUUCUUCCGGCAUUCGUCUCGCCGCUUCCCCUGUUCUCCACGUCGCUGCCGCUGCCACUGCUAGUUUAAUUGACCCGGCAAUGGCGCUUGUGGCGAGGAGUCCCCUGUCCUUACUGCUCGUGGCGGCGGUUCUCUUGUGCUCCGGCACCGGCGAGGCCCGCGUCCUGCUCACCCUCGACGACUUCGGCGCCGUCGGCGACGGCAUUGCCAACGAUACGCAGGCUUUCUUGGACGCGUGGGCCGCGGCGUGCGCGUCGGCGGAGCAGGCCGUCCUGGCCGUGCCGGCGGGGAAGUUCUACCGGAUCUGGCCCGUGCAGCUCGCCGGGCCCUGCAAGGAGAAGCUCAAGCUGCUGAUCGCGGGGACAGUGGUGGCGCCGGCGAGCCCCGACGAGUGGGCGGGGAGGGACCCCACGAAGUGGCUCUACAUCUACGGCGUCGAUGGCUUGUCUUUGAGCGGCGGCGGCACCAUCGACGGCGCCGGGAAGGAGUGGUGGGCACGCUCCUGCAAGCGCAAGAAGACCCAGCCUUGCAACACGCGGCCUCCUCCCAAGGCGGUGCAUUUCGAAGAGUGCAGGGGGGUGAGCGUGCAAGGGUUGACGCUGCAGAACGGGCAGCAGUUCCACCUGACGUUCACGCGGUGCAUUGACGUCAAGGCCAAUUUCCUCCGGGUGAUUGCGCCGGCGGACAGCCCCAACACUGACGGGAUCCACCUCAACGACUCCUCCAGAGUCCAGAUCAUGGAUAACCUCAUCUCCACAGGGGACGAUUGCGUCUCGAUGGUGGGCAAUUGCUCCCAUGUUCGUGUGGAGGACAUCUCCUGUGGGCCUGGCCAUGGCAUCAGCAUUGGGAGUCUGGGCAAGAACCGGACCACCGACAGGGUCGAGAACGUGAGGGUGGACACCUGCUUGCUUACCAACACAACAAACGGCGUCCGGAUCAAAAGCUGGCAGGGAGGCAUGGGCUCUGCCUAUAAUCUGAGGUUCGAGGGCAUCGUGAUGAAGAACGUGUCCAACCCCAUCAUCAUCGACCAGUACUACUGCGACCAGCCAACCCCCUGCGCAAACCAGACGCAGGCGGUGGAGGUGCGCAAGGUGGAGUUCGUGGACGUGAGGGGCACGUCGGCGACGGCGCAGGCGAUCAAGAUGGCGUGCAGCGACGCCGUGCCGUGCAGGGAGCUGGAGCUGAAGAACGUGAACCUGACCGUGGAAGGCGGGGGCGCGGCGCCGGCGACGGCUUUCUGCUACAAGGCGUACGGCAAGACCGUCGGCACCGUGGUCCCCGGUUCCUGCCUCGCCAACCACGGCUCCUCCAUGUUCGACCUUCGACGUGCUUGGAAGCAUUACCAAAAGCACUACCUUGUUGUCCGGUGCCGCAGCCAAUUAAGGUCCAUUACGAUUUACGCAGCGGCAGUAGUAAACAAACACAUGGCGAUAUCGCCGGCUCGUCUCGCGGCUCUGGGCGUGGCGCUCCUGCUGCUGCUGCCGGAAGCCGCCGAGCCGCGCGUCCUCCUCUCCGUCGACGACUUCGGCGCCGUCGGCGACGGCAUCGCCGACGACACGCAGGCUCUCCUGGACGCGUGGAACGCGGCGUGCGCCACACUCGACAAGACCGUCCUCAACGUGCCCGCCGGCAGGUCGUACCAGGUCUGGCCCGUCACGCUCGCCGGGCCAUGCCGGGAAGAGAUCAAGCUCUUCAUUUCCGGGAACAUCGUCGCGCCGGAGAGCCCGGACGAGUGGGAGCGACGCGACGGGGAAAAGUGGUUGCAUUUCUACCGGGUGCAGGACCUGUCGGUGAGCGGCGGCGGCGUCAUCGACGGCCGCGGGCAGCAGUGGUGGGAACAGUCCUGCAAGGGAAAGCACCACGGCGGCAGCAGCAGCGACAACAACAAUGACAAGCACUGCACGCCCCAAGCUGCUCCCAAGGCACUCCAUUUCGAGGAAUGCCACGGGGUCCGGGUGCAGGGCGUGACCGUGCAGAACAGCCAGCAGCAGCACCUGACCUUCACCCGCUGCACCAAUGCCAGGGCGAGCUUCCUCAGGGUCAGCUCCCCGGAGAGCAGCCCCGCCACCGACGGCAUCCACCUCGUCGACUCCAAGAACGUCCAACUGGCCGAUAACCUCAUCUCCACAGGUGGCGACUGCGUGUCCAUGGUGGGCAACUGCACGGACGUCCGCCUCAGAUCCAUCUCCUGCGGACCUGGCAGUGGCAUCAGCAUCGGGACCAUCGGCGAGACCCCGGCCGCCGACAGGUUGGAGAAGAUCAAGAUCGACACCGUGUUCAUGACCAACACAUCCAACGGCGUGCGCAUCAAGACCUGGCAGGACGGGUGCGGCUACGCCCGCAAGGUGAAGUUCCAGAGCAUCGCCAUGAAGAACGUGUCCAACCCCAUCGUCAUCGACCAGUACCGCACCUCCAGCCACCCGGCCGUCCCCUGCGGAUCAACCCCGGGGAUGAGCGCGGUGGCGGUGGAGAAGAUCGACUACGAGGGCAUCGCGGGCACGUCGGCGACGAAGCGGGCCGUCACGUUCGCGUGCAGCGUCGCCGUGCCGUGCAGGCGCGUGUCGCUGCGGAACGUCAACCUGACGUUGGUCGCCGGGCACGGCCACAGGGCGCCGUCGGCGUACUGCCGCGCCGCGUCCGGCAAGAGCACCGGCGUCGUCGUGCCCGAGUCCUGCCUCGCCACGCUGCCCAGGCUGCAGGGCGGUGCUGCUGCUGAUGAUGAUUAUGAGAGUGAGUGAGUGAGGUUCGGGUUCUUGGAUCCGUUCGUGCUCCGGGAGAAUUUCUUUCUGUUCGACGGAGUGGUAUUAGCUGUGCUUGUGCUUGUGAUUGUAGUAGAGUGCUUGUGAUUGUAGGGAUCCCGUACUGUAUGAAUUUUUAUGUACUAUUCCACUUGCUGUUUGACAAUUGACAUUGGGUACAAGUGUACAACAGUGCAAAGAUAGCCGUGUCAGAUACUCAGAUCGA